UUAUACAAAUAGUUAUCGAUAAAGAAAAUAUUUCCCACAGAAAACAAUACGCAGAAAAGAAAAUAAUCCAUUCCUUCAAAAUUUAUUUAUUAAAUACUGAAUUUUAAUUGAAGUUACAUAGAACCGAAAGGAAGGAGAAGGUUUUAGUUAAAAUGGUUGUUCCCGUUCCGAAUCCAACUAAGGACUUGAUUCUCAAGCUUAUGGCUGAAAAGGAAGCAAUGGAAUCGAAAAUAUCCGAUUAUGGAAAUAUUUUGGUAAAUAAUGCUAAUGUGGGGAUGGAUGGACCCUUGGUUGAUGCAGAAGGAUUUCCACGGAACGAUAUUGAUGUUUAUCAAGUGCGACAGGCGCGUCAACAGAUAAUCUGUCUUCAAAAUGAUUAUAAGUCACUGAUGAAAGAAAUAGAAAAGCAAAUGCAUAAAUUGCAUUCCGAGGCAGCGGAAAGUCAAACACAAUUGUUGUCAACCAAUACAGCCACCUUACGAUUGGAAGAUGAUAAUGAAGUGCCAAAUACCAGCAUGUCGUCAGCAUCGGUGGAGCCACCAAAGAAAGUUAUAGUAAAAAUAAAUAUGAUAAGUCCUGGAUCGCCGGCUGAAGAGGCUGGUUUGCGAGUAGAUGACGAGAUAUUGGAAUUUGGCACCAUUAAUUCCAGAAACUUCCAAAACAAUCUGACCCAAAUUGGCGACCUGGUGCGUCACAUGCAAAAUAAAAGGGUUCCUUUGAAUGUACUACGUAUGGGGCAACACUUAGAUAUGAUACUUAUACCUAAAUCGUGGAGUGGCCGAGGUCUAUUGGGUUGUAAUAUUAUACUAGCCGAUCCUUAAGGGUUUAAAGAUUAUAUUACUUAUCUAAAACAUUUUUAUUAUAUAUCUAUAAUUUUUUUUUAAUACAUCUACAGAACUUAAAAUUUA